GAAGCAGAAAAGGUUAAAAAUAGCAUUAAAAAUUUCAACUUUAUUUUUCUGGUGAAAGUUGAAGAAAUGCGGAAUGUCUUCAUGCAACAGUUUCGUGCUGACUGGGAAUCUAAGGGAAAAAUAUUUUUUCACAAAAAUACCAUCUUAACGAUGGCAUUAGGAAGCGAUAAAUCGAAUGAAAUUGAAGACAAUUUGAGUGAAUUGACUAAAGAAAUCUAUGGUGAAUGUGGUUUAUUUCUUACCAGUAAACCUCUCGAAGAGGUUCGAGAAUAUAUAGAAAACUUUACUUGGAAAGAAUAUGCGAGACCUAGAAGUAUUGCAACAGAGACUGUAACAAUUCCUGCAGGAAUUGUUUCAUAUCAGCCAGAAAAAGGUGGCCAUCCUGUACAAAAAGCUGUAAAUGAUAUUUUUAAAAAGAUGGAAGCACCGACUGUAGCAGAAAAUGAUACUGUUUGUUUGCUGGAUGAUUAUACCAUUUGUAAGGUUGGAGAUCCCCUGAGUGUACACCAAGCUCAUAUAUUGAAAUUGUUGGGUUAUAAGACCGUAACGUGUAGAUUACUUAUCACACAUUAUUAUGAUAAGAUAAAACAAGCCACAUUUAGAUUUUAG